AUGGCAGCACAUUCUCGUUUUACCGACGAUAUUUGGUGUACACCAGCACCUGGUGCACCACAAAUAUCUCUUAGAACAAUAAAUGAAUUACGAAAUGAAAUAUUUCGCCCAGGUUAUCAAGAAGAAUUUCAACAGGCUUUAUUUCAAGCAGAAGAAAUGAAAUCAAAAGAUUUAUAUGAAAAAUAUUCACCAAGUUUUAGAGAUAAAAAUAAACAAUUUAUUUUUAAAUAUAUUAAUGAAAUAAAACAUUAUUGUCCAUCACCUGAAAGAUCAUUAUUAGUAACACGUUGGAAACCAUUUUUACCUAAUAUUGCACCUAAUAACUUAUCACUUACAUCAACAAAAAUAACAUUUAUGCCUAAUGUAUUUCAAUAUGAAACAUGUGGUGAUAAUCAAACAGUUGAAUGGUAUUUAAAUUUUGCAAAUCAUGAUUUAUUUGCUUAUUAUAGUGGUCCAUUAUUAGCACAAGAUGAAUUACAAGUUUUAGAAUGUAUUGAAUUAGCUGCAUUAAGAGAAUUUUUUGUUCAAACAAUAAAUACAGUUGGUUCAUAUACAACUGGUUCAGAUAAAAGCACACACAAAACUGUACCAACACCAAUUUUAAUAAGUAAUACUGAACGAGUAAUUAAAAUGGAUACAAGUAAGGUAUAUGGUAAUGCAUUUGCUAAAGCAAGUGAAAGACAACUUAUUCAAGCAUGUAAUUAUCUUCCUCAACCUCAAACAGUUAAUUUAAUUGCUAUUGAAGCACCGAGUCAGGGUCAAGGAUCUUAUACCCGUGAACAAGUAAACUAUAUUGUUACCACUUGUUAUGUAGGUUUUAAAGCAGCUCAAAUACUUGCUUAUAAAACUCGUGCAUUAAAUGCAAAGAAUCAACGAUCUAGUCGUAGUGGAAAUUUGCGUACAAAAAUUCAUACAGGUUGGUGGGGUUGUGGUGCGUAUGGAAAUAAUCGAAAAAUGAUGAUUUUAACACAAAUACUUGCAGCGUAUUGGUCUCAAAUUGAUGAACUUAUUUUUCAUACAGAAACAAAUGAAUAUGAUAAAGAUAUUAGUGAAGCUCGAGCAAUUGUUGAAAAACUUCUUCCUGAUAAAAAUGUUGAUCGUGUUAUAGACGAAAUUGUUAAAUUAGAUUUAAAAUGGGAAAGAUCUAAUGAAACUUAA